AUGACUAUCACCGAAUUCGCUACGCUCAAACUUACCCAAUCACCACCCCACACCUUCUCCUCGCCCACCCUCCUCCCACUCUUCACCCGUCUCGCACAGCUGCAAGGAGCUUACUCUUCCCACCCUCUCCUAUACUUCCAGCACAUCGCUUCUACCUCCGAGUCCGAGAACUCAGAUAAUACGAAGGAUGGAAAGAAUGAAAAUACGAUGUAUCUGAUCUCAGGUUGGGAAAGCGUGAAGAAGCACGAGGAAUGGAUAGCCAGCGAGGAGAAUCAGGGGUUCUUGAGGGAGUUAGCGAGUUUUGUGGGGAUUGAGGGGUUGGUGCAUGUUGGGGUUGACUUUGGAGGAUUGGAAGAGGAUAUGGAGGAUGUGUUUGGGAUCGAGAUCGUUGUUAGGGAUGCUCAGGCUGGCACGGAUGCAGCGUUGAAAGACGGAACCGGGGAUGUGAAGGCGAUCUGGGAAGGUAGCGGUGGGGAUGUGGAGGGGAAGAGCGGAGGAAGGUUGUUUGAGUUUAGAGCAUAUAAUGAGAAUGGGUGGAAGGUGGUCACGAGUAAGGGUUUGGAGGAAGAAAAUGGGAGGGAUAGGACACAGGUUGGCGCCACUGGCAUUGAGCGUGCUAUGCGGUUGCAUGUAGGGCCUUCCAACUAAU